AUUGGUCGAUCCGGUGUCCAAUCAGAGAGCUCGUUGAUCGCAGGUGGCAGAGAGGGAGAGCCGAUGCGCUGCGAAGUCUGCGGCUGUUAAUGCUGGAAACUUACACACAUUAAUAGUUCAUCAUCAUCAAUUAACAUGAGCUCCAUCGGGACCGGGUAUGAUUUAUCCGCCUCCACCUUCUCGCCUGAUGGAAGGGUAUUUCAGGUUGAAUAUGCCAUGAAGGCAGUAGAAAACAGCAGUACAGCAAUUGGAAUCCGCUGCAAAGAUGGAGUCGUGUUUGGUGUGGAGAAGUUGGUGCUGUCUAAAUUGUUUGAAGAGGGAUCCAAUAAGCGCAUCUUCAAUAUUGAUCGACAUGUUGGAAUGGCCGUGGCUGGUCUUCUAGCAGAUGCUCGGUCGCUCUCAGAUGUGGCCAGAGAAGAAGCAUCAAACUUUCGCUCAAAUUAUGGCCAUGACAUCCCUCUAAAGCACCUUGCAGACAGAGUGGCUAUGUAUGUCCAUGCAUACACAUUAUACAGCGCUGUGAGGCCUUUUGGAUGCAGUUUCAUUCUUGGGUCUUACGAUGAAGAUGACGGUCCUCAGCUCUACAUGGUCGACCCCUCUGGGAUUUCAUAUGGUUACUGGGGCUGUGCUAUUGGGAAAGCCAAGCAAGCUGCUAAGACAGAAAUCGAGAAACUACAGAUGAAAGAGAUGACUUGCAGAGAGCUGGUGAAGGAGGUGGCAAAAAUUAUCUAUAUCGUUCAUGAUGAGGUGAAAGACAAAGCCUUCAAGCUGGAACUCAGCUGGGUUGGAGAAGUCACAAAAGGAAGGCAUGAGCUUGUCCCUAAAGACAUUAAAGAGGAGGCUGAGAAAUAUGCUAAAGAAUCCCUGGAAGAGGAGGAUGAUUCUGAUGAAGACAACAUGUAAACAUCUUCCUCACUCCCUGUGUACCAUGUUUCACACGUCCUGGCAACUCUCGGCUCUACUUCAGACAGAUAAAAUAAACUUUUUUAUGCUUUGUAAUGGACUAAUGUUGUCCUACGUUUUCCUUUUUGUGGGUUUCAAACUUCAAAAUAAAUACGAUUUAUAAAAUUGAA